AAACGGAAAUAAUGACGUCAGGAGUGAAAAGUAGUAGGUAAAUGGUAAAUCUGAAACUUUAAACUAGAGCAGUGAGCAUUUGCCAAAAAAAAAAAGGUCAUAUAUUAUUUUACUGCAAGUUAAUGGAAAUACUUAAGCACUAAACGGCACUAAUAUCAAGUAGUAAUAUUUAAAAUUGAAGAAUAAACUAUACAAAACAACUAGCUGAAUUUUUUUUGACAAGGUGAAUCUGUCAAAAUAAUAAAAUGUCAGAUUUUGGACCAAUUACAUUAAAAUGGGACCCAAAAAAUUUGGAAAUUCGUACGAUGUCGGUGGAAAAAACACUGGAGCCUUUAGUACUCCAGGUGACGACGCUGGUAAAUACCAAGGGACCGAGUAAGAAGAAAAAAGGUAAAUCAAAACGUGCUAGUGCUCUUGUUGGAACUGUCGAGAAAGCGACAGCUAAUUUUAUAGAACGUGGGGAACAAAUAGCGUAUGAGAAUCCGGAUAUUACUGCGGAGAUGCUUUGUGCUGUUGAAGAAGUUCGUAAAACUGGAGCUGCUAUGAGUAUUGCGGCACGUGAAUUCUCCGAGGAUCCAUGCUCAUCAUUGAAACGCGGUAACAUGGUACGAGCUGCGCGUAAUUUACUGUCAGCGGUAACACGUCUUUUGAUUCUCGCUGACAUGGUUGAUGUUCAUUUACUGCUCAAGUCACUGCACGUAGUGGAAGAUGACUUGAAAAAGCUUAAGAACGCGUCGUCGCAACAGGAGCUGCUGGAAAAUAUAAAACAGUUUGGUAGAAACGCAUCUGAGCUGAUGAACCAAGCAGCUAAGCGUCAACAAGAACUAAAAGAUCCUCAGCUGCGUGAUGAUUUGGCUGCCGCGCGUGCUGUUUUGAAGAAACACUCAACUAUGCUGCUGACUGCUUCCAAGGUCUACGUGCGUCAUCCUGAGCUGGCAGCAGCCAAAGCCAAUCGUGAUUACGUACUGAAACAAGUCUGCGAAGCUGUCAAUACUAUUAAUGAUGUCGCUCAAGGUAAAAUGCCUAUAGACAGUCAGCAUCCUUAUGAUGGACCCGGAGAACUCGCUGCUGCGCUUGAUGACUUUGAUGAACGGAUGGUAAUGUCCCCGCUUGCUUAUAACGAGGUACGCACUAGACCCAGUCUUGAGGAACGGCUUGAAAGCAUUAUUAGUGGCGCAGCUCUCAUGGCUGACUCUUCUUGCACUCGCGAUGAAAGACGCGAACGGAUUGUGGCUGAGUGCAAUGCUGUUAGACAGGCUUUGCAAGAUUUACUCAGUGAAUACAUGAAUAAUUUACAGCUAGCACGUCGACGGAAACGGAUGGGUGUGAAGGAGCAAUCAGAAGGUCUGGAGCGUGCUAUCGAUCAUAUGUGUCGCAAAACACGGGACUUACGUCGUCAACUACGCAAAGCGGUGGUGGAUCAUGUGUCUGACAGUUUUCUGGAGACCAACGUUCCGCUUCUGGUUUUGAUAGAAGCUGCUCGUAAUGGCAGGGACAAAGAAGUCGAAGAAUACGCUCUGGUAUUCACAGAGCAUGCAAAUAAGCUCGUCGAGGUCGCGAAUUUAGUUUGCAGUAUGUCAGGCAACGAGGACGGAGUCAAAAUGGUUCGUUACGCUGCAGCACAGAUUGAAAAUUUAUGUCCGCAAGUGAUAAAUGCCGCACGUGUGCUGGCAGCACGUCCGCGAUCAAGAGUUGCACUAGACAAUAUGGAAGUAUUCCGUCAAGCUUGGGAAAAUCAAGUUCGCGUUCUUACAGAAGCUGUCGAUGAUAUCACGACAAUUGAUGACUUCCUCGCGGUUUCAGAGAAUCAUAUCCUUGAAGACGUUAAUAAAUGCGUGCUUGCACUACAAGAAGGAGAUGCUGAUACUCUUGAUCGCACUGCCGGUGCAAUACGCGGUCGUUCAGCCAGAGUUUGCAAUGUCGUUCAAGCAGAAAUGGAUAAUUAUGAACCGUGUAUUUAUACUAAACGUGUUCUAGAAGCGGUAAAAGUUCUACGCGAGCAAGUGAUGCCGAAGUUUGCUCAGCGAGUUGAAAUUGCUGUUGAUGCGCUGAGUAGUAAUCCUGCUAAAGACGUCGAUGAGAAUGAUUUCAUUGACGCUUCAAGGCUUGUUUAUGACGGUGUCAGGGAAAUUAGACGUGCUGUAUUGAUGAACCGCGCUGAUGAAGAUCUAGAUCCUGAAGAUGUUGAACUGGACGAACACUACACACUGGAAACACGCAGUAAAUCUAGUGCGCAGACUGGAGAACAUGGCGUUGAUGAGUAUCCAGAGAUAAGUGGUAUCACUACCGCACGUGAAGCUAUGCGUAAAAUGCCUGAAGAAGAUAAACAAAAAAUUCUCCAGCAGGUCGAGUACUUUAGAAGUGAAAAACUCAAAUUUGAUAAGGAAGUUGCCAAGUGGGACGACGCUGGCAAUGACAUUAUUGUACUUGCUAAGCACAUGUGCAUGAUUAUGAUGGAAAUGACGGACUUUACACGCGGUCGCGGGCCUUUGAAAACUACUAUGGAUGUUAUUACUGCUGCUAAAAAAAUUUCUGAAGCCGGUACCAAGCUUGACAAACUCACAAGGCAGAUUGCUGACCAGUGUCCCGAAAGUUCGACCAAAAAAGACUUGCUGGCAUACUUGCAGAGAAUCGCGCUUUAUUGUCAUCAAAUGAAUAUUACUAGCAAAGUUAAAGCUGAUGUUCAGAAUAUCAGUGGCGAGCUGAUAGUGUCGGGCUUAGACAGCGCUACGUCACUUAUCCAAGCCGCUAAGAAUUUGAUGAAUGCUGUUGUUCUUACGGUCAAGGCUUCUUACGUCGCUUCUACCAAAUAUCCUAGACAAUCAAACGUUACUUCACCAAUAGUAGUUUGGAAAAUGAAAGCACCGGAGAAGAAACCACUAGUGCGUCCAGAACGGCCUGAAGAAGUUCGCGCUAAAGUACGAAAAGGUUCACAGAAAAAAGUACAGAAUCCAAUUCACGCAUUAUCUGAAUUCCAAAGUCCAACGGAUACUGUAUAAAAUAAUUAACAACAAUAAUAAUAAUAAAAAUAAAAAAAAUAAUAAUAAUAUAUUAUUAAAUGAAUUAUUAGAAAAUAUUAAAAAUUAUACUCAGUAAUUUAAAUUACUGAAAGUCUUAACUAUAAAAGUCUUUAAAUUAUGUUUUAUGGAGACUUAAUUUUUUUUUACGUCUCGAAGACUCAUUAAAAUCUUUACACUUUUAUAAUUAUUUACACGGUUGUAUCGAGAGAUUUUACUCUUUAUUUUAGUACAUACACCAAUGAUCAAUUAUUUUUAAUUAUUUAUCUAUUGAUAGUUAGUAAUUUAUCUGCGGAUAUUUAUAAAUUUAUUGCGACAGAAAUAUUAAAAAAUUAUGAGCGUAAAUGCAGCAGGCAUCAGACAAAUUUUAAAUGAUUAAUAAAUAGAGGAAAUAAUUAAUCAAAUAAAAUUUUAAAAAAUUUUUAAAUAAAUAAGUCGCGUCCCUAAUGCCAAAAAGGCAUAUGCUGUAUAUAGAUCUACCAUAAAGCUAAAAAGGCAUAUAAAUUUUUUUUUUUUGCUCAAUCGCUUAGAAAUCAUUUGAAUUGAAUAUUUUGAUAAUAAAAAAAAUUAAAACCAAAAAGGCCUAUAAAUA